GGUCGAGAUUUUCGGAACCACGGGAGAGAGGGAGGGAGCUUCAUCUUUUUUUUUUUAUUGGUUUAGUUGGAUACGGCUCAUCUCGGGACGGAUAUCCACCGUCGCGGGGUCACGAAACACACCGCGACGAGCCGCCAGACUCCCGUGUUUCACGAUGGCGGCUGAACUAUGAGGUGGCUGAAGAAGACCGAGUGAGCCAUGGCACAGUUCCCCACCUCCUUCACAGAUGUGUUCCUGAUCUCCGCGGAUGAGAGAGCCAAACAUGAUCAGCAGUUUCUCAGCCUCUCUCCCACUGCCGGGGGUUACAUCACAGGCGACCAAGCCAGGAACUUCUUCCUCCAGUCCGGUCUGCCGCCUCCCAUCCUGGCCCAAAUCUGGGCUCUGGCGGACAUGAACAGCGAUGGCCGAAUGGACAUCCACGAGUUCUCCAUCGCCAUGAAGCUCAUCAAGCUGAAGCUGCAGGGUCACCCUCUGCCGGCCGCGCUGCCGCCCGGCAUGAAGCCGGCCGCGCUCACGCUGCCCCCGCAGGCCGCCUUCGGCAUGUCCCCCCUGCCCCCCCUCUCGGCCCCUCUGUCGGGCUUGCCUCCGCUGCCGCCGCUCCCUGUCGGGGUAUCCCCGCCCCCCCUGCCGCCGCCCAUCUCCAACGGAGCCCCGCCCACCGGCCUGAUGCAGCCCAUCUCGGGCUUCUCCCACCCAGCUCCCUCCGCCAAGUCCUCGUCGUUUAACCGCUCCAGCGCCAAGUUGCAGAAGGGCACGUCCGUGGACGCCACGAGCGCCCUGCCGCCCUGUGAUUGGGCCGUUCCUCAGUCCUCCAGGCUCAAGUACAGACAGCUUUUUAACUCCCAUGACAAGAUGAUGAGUGGACACCUCACAGGUCCUCAGGCCCGUACCAUCCUGAUGCAGUCCAGUCUCCCUCAGGGCCAGCUGGCCACCAUCUGGAGCCUCUCCGACAUCGACCAGGACGGGAAGCUGACCGCGGAGGAGUUCAUCUUGGCCAUGCACCUCAUCGACAUGGCGAUGUCGGGGUUACCGCUGCCGCCCGUCCUCCCGCCCGAUUACCUCCCGCCCACGUUCAGGCGUGUGCGCAGUGACAGUGUUCAGUCGGACCAGAAGAGCGUCCAGGAGGAAGAGGAGGAGGAGGCGGAGAGCAACCUGAAGCUACCAGUGACCUUUGAGGAUAAGAAAAGGGAGAACUUUGAGCGCGGGAACCUGGAGCUGGAGAAGCGACGCCACGCUCUGCAGGAUCUGCAGAGGAAGGAGCAGGAGAGGCUGGCGACGCUGGAGAGGGAGGAGCUGGAGAGGAAGGAGCGCGAGCGUCUGGAGCAGGAGAGGAGACGGCAGCACGAGCUGGAACGACAACUGGAGAGACAGCGAGACGUGGAGAGGCACCGAGAGGAGGAGAGACGCAAAGAGAUCGAGAGGAGAGAGACUGCUAAGCACGAGCUGGAGCGUCAGCGCCAGCUGGAGUGGGAGCGUCAGCGCCGCCAGGAGCUUCUGACUCAGAGGAACCGAGAGCAGGAGAGCAUCGUGCUGCUCAAAGCCAGGAAGAAGACCCUGGAGUUUGAGCUGGAGGCUCUGAACGAUAAGAAGAACCAGUUGGAGGGCAAACUGAAGGACGUCCGGUUCCGUCUGACCGCCCAGCGGCGAGAGGUGGAGCAGACCAAUCUGUCCAGAGAAACACGCAUCGCCGAAAUCACCCUGCUGCAGCAGCAGCUGCAGGACUCCCAGCAGUGGUUGGGGAGGCUGAUUCCUGAUAAACAGUGCCUCAACGACCAGCUGAAACACACUCAACAGGGCAGUCUGCAUCGCGACAGCCUGUCGUCCCUGCAGAGGGCCGUGGAGCAGAAGGAGAGCAGCAGGCAGCUGCUCCGGGAACAGCUGGACACCGUGGAGCGAGAGACGAGGGCCAAGCUGCUGGAGAUAGACGCGUUCAACACGCAGCUGAAGUCUCUGUGUGAGUUCUAUGGCGACCACUGUGCCAGGAUAGAGGCCCUGGGACGCCAGCUUCAGGAGGAGCAGAGAGGGAGACAGGAGCUGAGGGAGAUCCACAGCCGGCAGCAGAGGCAGAAGCAGAGGGAUCUGGACGGAGACGUGCACACGCACGCCCACAUGCACACGCCGGUCGACAGGAAGUCCGCCGAGCUGCAGGACGGCAGGCUGUCGGCGGAGGACGCCCUGUCCUGGAGGGACGACUCUGCAAGCCCCGCCCCCAACGCCCCGAGCCCCCCCUCCGUCUCCGCGCCCCACGCCUGGCUGACCCGAGUGGCCCAGGAGGAGGAGGAGAGGAAGAGGAGGGGGAUGGUAAUGGAGAUGGAGAUGGAGGAGGAGGAAGAGGAGGAGGAGGAAGAAGAGCUGGGGGGCCAGAAGGGAGCGGCAUCCGCAGAAGAGCUGGAGGACGAAGGCAAGAAGGACAUGCAGGAGAAACUGAGCAAGCUCUUCGACCGGCCGACCGACCCCUGGGCUUCAACAGUAGAAAAGGCUCUGCCUCCUAGCCAGUUUGACCAGAAGGCUCCGCCCCCAAGCCUGUUUGACCAGAAGGCCCCGCCCCCCAGUUUAUUUGACCAGAAGGCUCCGCCCCCAAGCCUGUUUGACCAGAAAGCUCCACCCCCCAGCUUGUUUGAUCAGAAGGCCCCGCCCCCCAGUUUAUUUGACCAGAAGGCUCCGCCCCCAAGCCUGUUUGACCAGAAGGCUCCGCCCCCCAGCUUGUUUGACCAGAAGGCUCCGCCCCCCAGCUUGUUUGACCAGAAGGCUCCGCCCCCAAGCCUGUUUGACCAGAAGGCUCCGCCCCCCAGCUUGUUUGACCAGAAGGCUCCGCCCCCCAGCUUGUUUGACCAGAAGGCUCCGCCCCCAAGCCUGUUUGACCAGAAGGCUCCGCCCCCCAGCUUGUUUGACCAGAAGGCCCCGCCCCCCAGCUUGUUUGACCAGAAGGCUCCGGUCAGCAGCUUCGACCAGCAGCACCCGGUGAAGGUCGUGUUCUACCGGGCUCUGUAUCCGUUUGACGCCCGCAGCCACGACGAGAUCAGCAUCGCCCCCGGAGACGUCAUCAUGGUGAAGGGGGAAUGGGUGGACGAAUCCCAAACGGGCGAACCCGGUUGGCUGGGCGGCGAGCUCCGCGGCCGCACCGGCUGGUUUCCCGCCAAUUACGCCGAACGGAUACCGGACAGCGAGGCGCCGGUCAGCCUCCGCGCGACGUCCUCGGGCCCGCCCACCGCUGCCCGGCAGCCGAUGUCGACGCCCCCCCCGGCGCCCGGACACGCCGCCUCCUCCUCGUCCUCCUCCUCGUCCGCCGCCAACAGCAACUGGGCCGACUUCAACACCACUUGGCCGUCCAACGCCGGCGGCCAGUCGGAGAGCGAGGGGUGGGACGCGUGGCCGACCUCCACCGCCAACCCCAAUCCGUCGCUCGGCGUUCCGUCGGCGCAGCUGCGGCAACGCUCCGCCUUCACGCCCGCCACCAUGACGACGGGCUCCUCCCCCUCUCCCGUACUGGGCCAGGGCGAGAAGGUGGAGGGCCUCCAGGCUCAGGCGCUGUAUCCAUGGAGAGCCAAGAAGGACAACCACCUCAACUUCAACAAGAACGAGGUCAUAACCGUGUUGGAGCAGCAGGACAUGUGGUGGUUAGGGGAACUGCAGACCGGCCAGAGAGGCUGGUUCCCCAAAAGCUACGUGAAGCUCAUCUCCGCCAGCAUGACGCCGCCCCCCGGCGCCGCGCCGCGCAUCAAACACGCCAGUGAGUCUGUCGUAUCAGAAAGCCCCCCCAAUGGAAAACGGCCGUCCCCUUCCCCAACAAAACCCUCUGACUCUGGAGAAGAGUUCGUGGCCAUGUACACCUAUGAGAGCAGUGAACAGGGCGAUCUGAGCUUCCAGCAAGGAGACGUCGUCAUGGUGACCAGGAAGGAAGGGGAUUGGUGGACGGGCGUCGUCGGGGGCAAGACGGGCGUCUUUCCGUCCAAUUAUGUCAAACCAAGAGACUCCGAGGCUCUGGGGCCAGCGGGGAAGACGGGCAGCCUGGGGAAGAAGCCAGAGAUCGCCCAGGUGAUCGCCCCCUACAGCGCCACGGGGGCGGAGCAGCUGACGCUGGCGCCGGGUCAGCUGAUCCUCAUCAGGAAGAAGAACCCGGGCGGCUGGUGGGAGGGCGAGCUGCAGGCCCGGGGGAAGAAGCGCCAGAUCGGUUGGUUCCCGGCCAACUACGUGAAGCUGCUCAGCCCGAGCACCAGCAAGACGACGCCCACCGAGCCCACCCCCCCCAAACCGACUCCGGCCAGCACGGGGGCCCACACAGCGGUGUGCCAGGUGAUCGGCAUGUACGACUACGUGGCGCAGAACGACGACGAGCUGGCCUUCCUGAAGGGUCAGGUGAUCACGGUGGUCAACAAGGACGACUGCGAUUGGUGGAAGGGGGAGCUGGGCGGGAGGGAGGGGCUGUUCCCCAGCAACUACGUCAAGCUCACCGCGGACACCGACCCGAGCGCGCAGUGGUGCGCCGACCUCCACCUGCUGGACAUGCUGAGCCCCACGGAGAGGAAGAGGCAGGGCUACAUCCACGAGCUCAUCGUCACCGAGGAGAACUACGUCAACGACCUGCAGCUCGUCACCGAGAUCUUCCACAAGCCGCUGUUGGAGUGCGAGCUGCUGACGGAGAAGGAGGUGGCCAUGAUCUUUGUGAACUGGAAGGAGCUCAUCAUGUGCAACAUCAAGCUGCUCAAGGCUCUGAGAGUGAGGAAGAAGAUGUCGGGCGACCGGAUGCCCGUGAAGAUGAUCGGUGACAUCCUGACCAAUCAGCUGCCUCACAUGCAGCCGUACAUCAGGUUCUGUUCGUGUCAGCUGAACGGAGCCACGCUGAUUCAGCAGAAAACAGACGACAACCCCGAGAUCAAAGACUUCCUGAAGAGGUUGGCCAUGGACCCCGGGUGUAAAGGGAUGCCUCUGUCCAGCUUCCUGCUGAAGCCGAUGCAGAGAGUCACGCGCUACCCGCUCAUCAUCAAGAACAUCAUAGAAAACACUCUGGAGUCGCAUCCAGACAACAGCCACCUGAAGGCAGCGCUGGAGAAAGCAGAGGAGCUGUGCUCACAGGUGAAUGAGGGCGUCCGGGAGAAGGAGAACUCUGAUCGUCUGGAGUGGAUUCAGGCUCACGUCCAGUGUGAAGGGCUGUCCGAGCAACUCGUGUUUAACUCCGUCACCAACUGUCUGGGGCCCAGGAAGUUCCUCCACAGCGGGAAGCUGUUCAAGGCCAAGAGCAGCAAGGAGCUCUACGGCUUCCUGUUCAACGACUUCCUGCUGCUGACUCAGGUGACUAAACCUCUGGGCUGGUCGGGCUCCGACAAAGUGUUCUCCUCCAAGACACACCUGCAGUACCGCAUGUACAAGACGCCGAUCUUCCUGAACGAGGUUCUGGUGAAGCUGCCCACCGACCCGUCGGGCGACGAGCCGCUGUUCCACAUCUCACACAUCGACCGCGUGUACACGCUGAGGGCCGAGAGCGUCAACGAGCGGACGGCGUGGGUCCAGAAGAUCAAAGCGGCCUCGGAGCUCUUCAUCGAGACGGAGAAGAAGAAGAGGGAGAAGGCGUAUCUAGUUCGCUCUCAGAGGGCCACGGGCAUCGGCCGGCUGAUGGUCAACAUCGUGGAGGGAAUCGAACUCAAACCUUGUCGCUCCCAUGGUAAGAGUAAUCCUUACUGUGAGGUGACGAUGGGGUCACAGUGCCAUAUCACCAAAACAUUACAGGACACGUUGAAUCCCAAGUGGAACUCCAACUGUCAGUUUUUUAUAAAGGACCUUGAACAGGACGUCUUGUGCGUCACGGUGUUCGAACGAGACCAGUUCUCCCCCGACGACUUCCUGGGCAGGACGGAGAUCCGAUUGGCUGAGAUAAAGAAAGACCAGGGCUCCAAAGGACCAAUCACCAAGCGGCUGCUGCUCCACGAGGUUCCCACGGGAGAGAUCGUGGUCCGGCUGGACCUCCAGCUGUUUGAGGAGCCCUGAAGAAAACCUGGACCGGGUCCUGGACCGGGUCCUGGACCGGACUGGGGGACAAAAAGGAUCUCAGAGAUGGACUGGAUUAGACCGGAUUGGAUUAGACCAGACUAGAGUAGACCGGACUGGAUUAGACCGGAUAGAUUAGACCAGACUAGAGUAGACCGGACUGGAUUAGACCGGAUAGAUUAGACUGGACUGGAGUAGACCGGACUGGAUUAGACCGGAUAGAUUAGACCAGACUAGAGUAGACCGGACUGGAUUAGACCGGAUAGAUUAGACCGGACUAGAGUAGACCGGACUGGAUUAGACCGUAUAGAUUAGACCGGACUAGAGUAGACCGGACUGGAUUAGACCGGAUAGAUUAGACCGGACUAGAGUAGACCGGACUGGAUUAGACCGUAUAGAUUAGACCGGACUAGAGUAGACCGGACUGGAUUAGACCAGACUGGAUUAGACCGGACUGGAUCCUCUUCUAGAAAGAGGUUUUGAGACUGCGUGUCACUUUCCUCUGAUUUAAAUUGAGACACUUUGAGGUGAAUAAAGUAAAAGAAACAAGACGAUAAUCUUCUGUUUUACAAGUUCCCUCAAAUGCAACGUUUGAGUACGUAGCGAGGUUUUAUCUAACGACGCCUUCAGGUUCAUUUAGGAGGAAACGGACAAAAGCAAUAAAAUAAAAUGCCUAAAAUGUCUUUCGGUCGUCUUUCCGAGUUUGGGAAGCAAAAUGGCACAAAAUCUAAAAGAAGUGACGCGUGUCUCCUCAACAAGUUAAAAGAAACACUUUAACGUCUUGUGAUGAACUCCAGGACCGGUUUUCUACUGCAGUCCAGUCUAGUCCGGUCUAGUCCAGUCUAGUCCGGUUCAGUCUAGUCCAGUCUAGUCCGGUUCAGUCUAGUCUGGUCCGGUUCAGUCUAGUCCGGUUCAGUCUAGUCCGGUUCAGUCUAGUCCGGUCCAGUUGAGUCCGGUUCAGUCUAGUGCGGUUCAGUCUAGUCCGGUCCGGUUCAGUCUAGUCCGGUCCAGUCGAGUCCGGUCCAGUCUAGUCCGGUCCGGUCCAGUCUAGUCCGGUCCAGUCUAGUCCGGUCCGGUUCAGUCUAGUCCGGUCCAACUCCAAGUCCUUUUAAUCCAGUCUGGUUCUCUGAGAUCAGCCGGGUCUUUUUUAAAUAUAAUCUCUUCCAUCAGACACUCCAGUGACAAUCCCUCCUUUGAGUCCUGACAACCCCUCAGUGUGUGUGUGUGUGUGUGUGAGAAUGUGUGUGUGUGUGUGUGUGUGUGUGUGUGUAUGUGUGUGUGUGUGGUGGACGGCCAAUUAAAAGGUUCAUUUUUCUUUCCAGUCUUACUCUCUGAGUCUCAAGUGAAACUUCAGGCGUCAGCUGCGAGACUCCGAGCCUUAAAGGGAUUCACGACGUUUCCAUCGCAAAACAAACAGAAGCUCGUUAUGUACAGGUUCAAAAUGUCACUUUUGUGUGUAUAAUAAUAAUAAUAUUAAUAAUAUUUCAGUCGAGGUGCUGCGGAGAAGAAAGUCUUAAAUCUUCUUAUUUUCCGCGGUCGUAGCUUUUAGGUGAUUUCUGUCACAGUGCAGGCGGAGGGGGGAGGAGCCCCGGAUGAUCCAGGGGGCGGGGCCAGGAGCCCCGGAUGAACCAGGGGGGCGGGGCCAGAGCUGCAUAGGGGCCCUCGAACAUGCUUUCGGUACUACGUUGUGUUUUAUAGGAACAGCUUUUUAGAGAAAUAACAAAAACAAGUUCUACUGUGCUCUUAAAACACACACACACACACACUCUGUUGCUGCGCGGCAGGACUCGACUGAACAAUGUUCCACGGCGGCCAUUUUUAAUAGUGAGAGAACGUAUAAAAAAUUGAAUAUUUCUUUCUUUUUUUUAUUGCUCUGUAAUUUCUCGACGGGAGGAAAUGGAGUGUUUGUGGAGGGACUACUUUCAGCGGCGGAGUAACACACAUCGGGCAGUGAGGGGACGACAGCGUGGCUCACUGAUGGCUUUUCGGAGAUGAACAAAUAUUUAACGUUAUUUAAACGUGAACUCAUUCCUCUUCCUGUCGUUUCCUGUUCGUCUAAAAAGUGUACAUUUUAAUAUUUGUGUGGUCUUUCAUCGCGGUUGUGAAAUUUCCGCGUUGUGCCAAAAAAGAAAGGCCGCGAUGAACGCUAGCAUUUUUUUUUUUUAAAGAACGCGGAGCGGCAUAAAGUUAUUGUUUUAUUUUGUAUUAUUAUUUUUAAAGCAUAUCGUCUUUACUGAAUUAUCUCAGGAGUUACUUUGAUGGCGGAAUUUCCCCGACGCGAGUAUUCAAAAUGGCCGCCGCAGUUGGUUAUAAAACCGGAGUUUUUUUAAGUGUGACCGGCCACUGUCCAAUCAGGAGUCGGCGAGGCUCGGCCAAUCGCAGAAGCUUGAACCGAAUGUUUGUGUUCCCCCCGGACUGAAGCUGCUGCUGAUGAUGAAUGUGUCCUUCAUCCCUCCUCCUCGUCCUCCUCGUCCUCUCCAGACUGUCCUGAGACUAAUCCAGUUUAAACCCGUUCUCACUGUCUACCUUCCAGGUUGUGUAUAAUACUACUGAUAUCUGAGAGUUAAUAUAUAAGCGCUGGAGGCGGCCUGCUGUUAAUUAUCACCGUAGAAAAAGAAGAAGAAAUACUUUGCUGUCUUUCAGUGUUCAGAAUAAACUCUGUUGGACCGAGACUGAAGGCCGUCUGUCGGUGGUUUCUGUCUUCGUCACAGGAUUAUAUUUACUG